AUGAUCAUAUACCUGGACCUCAUCAACCAUGAAGAGAUGUUCUCCGACAUUUACCAGAUCCGCGAAAUCACGACGGGCUGUGCCCAGAAGUGGAGGAGCAGAAGGUCAGCAGGACAGAGGGUAACGUCCAUGACUCGCUCAUUGGUGGAAACGCCUCCGCUGAAGGCACCGAAGGACUCAGAGUCUCCAGCGGGGAUUGGAGAAGGAAAAGCAGAAAGAAGAGCUGGAACGCGUUCAGGGCCACCUGGCCAAUGCCCUGUAAAAGUUGCUAAUGAGAGCGAAAGAGGAAGUAACUCACUGAAGGCUCAUGACCCUGGAGGUGGUAGCCCGGGUUCUAACAACUUCAAGCAAGAUCCUAAUUCUGACUGUGAGCUGAAGAAGUGGGAGCUGCAGAAGGUAGAGCAGUCCUUGCUGUUUCCAGGGUCCCCACCUCUGCUAUUGGUUCUUUCUCUCAAUGCCCUAAAAUUGAGACAAAAACAAUCUAGCUCCAGAAAAUUUGGCGGCUCCGAGUGUCCUGCCCAGAAUCCUGAUUUGGAGGGUACUGAGAAAACUGACAAUGAUGGAUUGCCAAGUGAUGAUAAACUAGAGGAGUUGAAGACAGGGGAGUCAAGUGACCAGAACUUCAAUAGCAAAGUAGUGUCAAGGGGGCAGGAAUUCUUCAAUAGCAAUGGGAACUUCCUCUAUUGA